AUGGAAGCAAAGAAUAGCCAAAAGGCGAAGAAGGCUGCCAAAGGAUCACUUUUUGCUUAUGCAGAUUCUAAGGAUAUAUUGCUCAUGAUUUUGGGAUCUUUGGGUUGCUUAGCAGACGGCGCAACGAUGCCUCUCAUCAUGUUGGCUUUGGGCAGGAUCACCAACAAUUUGGCUGCCAAUCCUUCAUCCCUAACUCUUCACAGAAUCAAAGAGGAUUCGAUGAUUUUGAUCCACAUAGCUGUUGGAGUGGGUUUAGGCGCAUUUUUUGAAGGAUUAUGCUGGGCUUGGACUGCAGUAAGGCAAACAUCUCAUCUCCGAAGGGAAUACUUAACAGCCAUACUAAGGCAAGAUGUUGGUCUCUAUGACACUCAAAGUGCCACAUCGACAACUUAUGGAAUCAUCUUAAGCAUCUCAUCUGAUACCUUAACAAUCCAAGAUGUCAUUGCCGAGAAGGUUCCAAAUUUCCUCAUGAACCUGUUUAUGUUCCUGGUUUCUCAGCUGGCAGCACUUUACCUUUGUUGGAGACUAGCACUCGUGACAUUACCAACGUUAACUUUAUUAAUAGCUCCUGGCAUUGUAUAUGGCAAGCUAUUAGCUGAGGUUGGCAAGAAAUUUCAAGAAGCUUAUCAGGCUGCUGGAGAAAUUUCCGAGAAGGCACUGUCGUCGAUUAAAACAGUAUUUUCGUAUGUUGGAGAAGAGCAAACACAAAGAAAAUAUGCAAAGGCUCUGGAUAGGUGUCUAUCAAUUGGAAUUAAGCAAGGGACAUUGAAGGGAAUGGCUAUUGGAAGUGUUGGUGUGGCUUUUGCAGUUUGGUCUUUUCAAGCUUGGUAUGGAAGCGUCUUGGUCACAGAGAAGGGAGCUAGAGGGGGAGAUGUGUUUAAUGCCGGUGUUUGCAUCGUUAUGGGAGGAUUGGCACUCGGGUCAUCUCUAAUCAACAUAAAGUGCUUUGUCGAAGCAAAUGCUGCCAUUUCUAAGAUAUCUGAAAUGAUCGAACGAGCUCCAACCAUAGAUUCAAAUGAUAUUGGAACUAAAAUAACAGAAUUCAGAGGUGAAAUUGAGUUCAAAGAUGUUGAUUUUUGUUACCCAUCAAGGCCAGAGACCGUAGUUCUAAGAAAAUUCAGCCUUCAGAUAGUUUCUGGUCAGACUGUAGGUUUAGUAGGUGGCAGUGGUUCGGGUAAAUCUACAAUUAUAUUGUUGAUAGAAAGGUUUUAUGUUCCAAACCAAGGUGAAAUCCUUUUCGAUGGAAUUCACAUUGAAACACUGCAGUUGAAAUGGUUAAGGGAUCAGAUUGGGUUAGUAAGCCAAGAGCCAGUACUCUUCGCAACAUCCAUCAAGGAGAACAUUUUGUUUGGUAAAGAGAAUGCUUCAAUGGAGGAGAUCAUUUUUGCUGCUAAAGCUGCUAAUGCCCAUGAAUUUAUUAGUCAGUUACCUGAUGGAUAUGAUUCUCACGUUGGUCAACUUGGAAGCCAACUAUCUGGAGGACAGAAACAAAGAAUUGCAAUUGCAAGAGCUCUUCUUAAAAAACCUCGCAUUCUUCUUCUCGAUGAAGCUACAAGUGCUUUAGAUUCACAAUCUGAGAAGGUAGUUCAAGAUACACUUGAUCAGGCCUCUUUAGGACAAACAACAGUUAUUGUCGCUCAUCGCCUUUCAACUCUUCAAAAUGCCAACCUAAUAGCCGUUAUGCAAUCUGGGAGAAUUAUGGAGUCUGGAACUCAUAACCAACUUCUCGAAGUAAAGGAUGGUCAUUAUGCGGCAAUGGUAAAGCUCCAAAAUAGAAAUCUGAAAGACAAUGAAGUCACAAUCCCGUCAAAUGAUCAGAAUAACCAGCCUUUGCCAGGAGCUGAAAUGUCACGAGAAGCUAACUAUAAUCUUUAUCAAAUGUGCAAUAAAGAAGAAGAAGUUAAAUCUUCAUCACUAAAAAGCCUGAUGAAAAUGAGCGCGCCUGAAAUGAAAGAAUUUCUAUUGGGUUGCGCUGGUGCAGUGUGCUUUGGAGCAAUUCAGCCAAUGCACUCCUACUGCAUGGGUGAACUUCUCUCUAUCUACUUCCUCGGUGAUCACCAUGAUAUCAAAGUAAAAACAAGGAUAUAUUGUUUCGUUUUUCUAUCUUAUGCUAUUCUAGCAUUUAUCAGUACUAUUUUGCAGCACUAUAAUUUUUCCCUAGUAGGGGAGAAACUAACCAAGAGAGUUAGAGAAUCCUUACUUGCGAAAAUACUGUCUUUUGAAGCUGGAUGGUUUGAUGAAGAGGGAAACAGUAGUGGAUCAAUCUGCUCGAGAUUAACAUCAGAAGUUAAUAUUUUGCGGUCUCUUUUAUGUGAUCGUCUUUCUCUACUGACUCAGGUUUCAUCGGCAUCCAUAUUAGCUGCUGUUAUAGGACUAAUACUUUCUUGGAGACUUGCUAUUGUGAUUAUCGCCUUGCAACCUGUCAUAAUUGCUUCUUUCUACACAAGAGGAGUUCUGAUGAGGAAUGUAUCGCAUAAAGUCUUGAAAGCAACGGUCAAGAGCAGUCAGUUAGCUAGCGAGGCAGUAACAAACCAUAGAACCAUAACUGCCUUCUGUUCUCAAGAAAAGAUUUUGGCAAUGUUUGAUGUCACAUUGAAGGACCCUCAACAAGAAUGCAGAAAUAGUUCAUGGGUUGCUGGAUUGGGCCUUUUCUUCUCACAGUUUCUCACAGCAGCUAAUUCUGGUCUCGUUCUUUGGUAUGGUGGGUAUUUGCUCUAUCACCACAAAAUCAGUUACAAGCAUUUAUUUCAGACGUUCUUUGUUCUCGUGACAACCGGGAGAGUAAUUGCAGAAGCAGGAAUAAUGACAUCAGACAUAUCAAAGGGUACCGAAGCCAUACAAUCAAUGUUUUUGAUUAUGAAGAGGGAAACCAAAAUCGACCCAGAUGACAUUAAUGGACUCAAGCCAGAAAGGAUAGAAGGAUACAUUGAACUAAAUGAGGUAGAAUUUUCUUAUCCAACAAGGACUCAGCAUAUAGUACUAAAUGGACUUAGUUUGAAGAUUGAAGCCGGGAAGACAAUUGCCCUCGUUGGUCGGAGUGGAUCAGGGAAAUCCACAAUCAUCGGAUUGAUAGAGAGGUUUCAUGAUGUAUCAAGAGGAACAGUGAAAAUCGAUGGAGUGGACAUCAGAAAUUACAAUCUGAAAACACUCAGGUCUCAUAUUGCACUAGUCAGUCAAGAACCCACGCUCUUUUCUGGCAGUAUCCAUGAUAACAUAUGCUACGGCAAAGAGGAUGCAACUGAAGCUGAGGUUAUCAGAGCUGCGAUUCUCGCCAAUGCACAUGAAUUUAUAAGUUGCAUGAAAGAUGGCUAUGGAACGAGCUGUGGAGAAAGGGGUUCACAACUAUCAGGAGGGCAAAAGCAAAGGAUCGCACUUGCUCGCGCUAUCUUGAAGAAUCCUUCGAUCCUUCUAUUGGAUGAGGCUACAAGUGCAUUGGACAACAACUCAGAAGCACUUGUGCAAGAGGCAUUGGAGAAGAUUAUGAAACAAAGGACUAGUGUUGUUGUAGCUCAUCGGUUAUCGACUAUAAUGAAAUCAGACUUGAUUUAUGUGAUAGAGAAAGGAAGGGUUGCAGAAGUAGGAACACACUAUGAGCUACUUGAAAUGGGGGAGAGAGGUUCAUAUUGUUCUCUUGUAAGGCUUCAAGAAAAUCAAAAUUUUGAACAGGGCCAACGUUAG